AUGAGCGCCGAAGAACCGAUCGAUAUCACAAUCACAGGUUCUAGCGAACGGGUCUGGCGCUUCGAACCUUCGCCGGGAAGCCGAGCGGUAUGGGAGAAUGACAUGCUAGUCGAGAUGAUCUAUCGUUACGUCCAUCGUCUCGACGGCUCUCGAGCCGUCAUCAACGGGAUGGUCUUGUGCAAAAGUCGAUUUUGGCUCAUGGCGAGGAUCUUAUAUCGAGACUGCCAUGUCCAUGACGUUGUUCAAACAUUUCUGGAGGAGUGUUCAUUGGAACGCUUCACUGGAUAUCUCAACUCUGUGCGAAUCCUGCGUCUCGACGGUGACGAUCUGCAGCCGGAUGGGAACUUCACCGCGAAAGAAGUUGCAUCUCGACGACGAGCUCAGAUGCCCAACUUGAAGGAGGUCCGUCCAGUUGAAUCAUGCGACAAUCAUUCGACCAUAGAAAGGACGAUCGAAAUCGAAGGACAACAAAUCGUUGUGGAGCAUUUCGUAUACCCAUUCCGCCUUGAUGCUUUAAUCGAGACGAACAUCUCGGUUGGACCGAGCGACGCACAAACCGAGGGGAUCCUGACUGGUGUCAAGAUUCGUCCCCACCCCGUCGGCGAGGUUGAAGAAGCACAGCUAGGCUUAGUAAUUGCUCUGCUGAACAGGAGACCGUCUCUUGGGCUUAGUAUGUCCCAGACUCAUCCGUUCGCCAAUCUACGUACAUUGGAGCUCUUACCGAGUCUCGGCUGGCGCUUCGCCAAGCUCGACCAGCUAGACAGGCUACACACACUGGAUCAAAUCCUUAGCGUGUGUCCAAGACUGGGCCGACUUGCCUGUCGGCUCAAGGACUCUCCAGUCACAGCAAAGACCCUCAACCGGGUUUUUUCCAAAGGAAAGAACUUGGUAUCUGUUCACAUCGAGACCCAUGGGUUCUUGACACCUUACCUCUCGGCUCUGAGCCGCUUCGAACAGGUGACGCUGGCCUGCACCACGCUGUUGACCGAGACGGAUCUUGAUCUACUUUAUGGUCAUGUUAAGCCGGAUCAGCCCUUCAUACCUCGACUGAGGCAUUUCACUUACGGAGUCACUACGGGCUUAAUCGAUGCCGUUCGGGCGGGGGAUACGCCUUGUAACAAGCCCUAUUCGGUCGCUCGCUUGAUACGAAAGCUACUACCGCGCGACUGUGUUUUCGCGACAUCGACGGCUCAUUACCACUCUGCCUAUGGACUGAAGGAGCCAAUGACACAAUGGUGGAAGGACUUCACGGGCAUCAUGGACAUCAUGAUGAAGGAGAUCGAUCCACCUCAGCCUGCCAUUAUGCCUCUACCCCGGGAGCCAUAG